AUGGCUCUUCGCUGGGUCCCGGGAUUGCGAGGAUUUGGCUCCGCGCCUCCCCGGUCACUUGGGCUAAAGAAGAAAAAAACCCGCGGAGCUGGGUCGGGCCGGCCGGGGGGUCGAGCCGGGCCCCGGGCCGCGCGGGGCGGCGAGGCCGGGGAGGGCCGCGCCCGGGGGGGCGACGGAGAGGAGGAGGAGGACGACGACGACGACGACGAGGACGACGAGGAGGACGAAGCGGCGGAGGAGGCGAGCGCCCGCCAACUUCUGCAAACUUUGCGAGCGGCGGAGGGCGGCGGGGGGCCGCGGGCGGGGAGGAGGGGAGGAGGAGCCGCAGGAGAGGCCAGCAGGAGCAGCAGCAGCAGCCGCCCGCCGCGGCCUCCGCCGCCCGCCCCGCCGCCUCCUCCGCCGCCGGCGGGGCUGAGCUUCUCGUCCGAGCAGGUGUCGUGCGUGUGCGAGGCGCUGCUGCAGGCGGGCCAGGCCGGCCGUCUGGGCCGCUUCCUCGGGGCGCUGCCGGCCGCCGAGCGGCUACGUGGCAGCGAGUCGGUGCUGCGGGCCCGGGCGCUGGUGGCCUUCCAGCGGGGCGACUUCGCCGAGCUGUACCGGCUGCUGGAGAGCCGGCCCUUCCCCGCGGCGCACCACGCCUUCCUGCAGGACCUCUACCUGCGCGCCCGUUACCGGGAGGCGGAGCGCGCCCGCGGCCGCGCCCUGGGCGCCGUGGACAAGUACCGGCUGCGCAAGAAGUUCCCGCUGCCCAAGACCAUCUGGGACGGCGAGGAGACGGUUUACUGCUUCAAGGAGCGCUCCCGCGCCGCCCUCAAGGCCUGCUACCGCGGGAACCGCUACCCCCCCGACGAGAAGCGCGCGCUCGCCGCCCUCACCGGCCUCUCGCUCACGCAGGUCAGCAACUGGUUCAAGAACCGGAGGCAGCGCGACCGCACCGGGGCCGGCGCGGGGCCCGGGCCCGGCAAGAGCGAGUCGGACGGGAACCCCAGCACGGAGGACGAGUCCAGCCGCAGCGCCGAGGACCCGGAGCCGCGCGGGGUCGCCGGGGCGGCCGAGGGCCCCGUGGGGUCCGUGUUCCUGCCCGCGGCCCCCGGCGGGACCCCCGGCGGGACCCCCGGCCCGGCGCCGGUCCUGCUCAACGGAAACUUCCUGGCGGGCGGCCCACCCGCCGUGCUGCUCAACGGGGGCUCGGUCAUCAUCAACGGGCUGGCGCUGGGGGACGGACCCACCCUCGCCCCGGCCGUCGGCCCGGCCCUCGGCCCGCUCCUCCUCAACGGUGCCGCCCCGCAGCCCCCAGACCCCGCCGCGGCCGGCGCGGGGAAGGCCCGGGAGGCCCGGUUGGCCGAGGGGCCCGGGCCGCUGCCCGGCGUGGCCGAAGAGAAGCCCCCGCCGCCCCCGGGCGCGCCGGUCUCUCUGCCCCAGGUGGUGCCCGGGUCCCAGGCCCCCGGCGCCCUGCAGCUCUCCCCGGCGGUGCCCGCCCCGCAGCCCGGCCCCCUCCCCGCCUCGCAGGUGGUGCCCGCCUCCCAGCCCGGCCCCGCCCCGCCUGGGCUGUCCCCGGCCCAGAUGCUCCUGUCACUGCCCCAAGUGGUGCCCUCCCCCCAGGUGGUGGCCCUGCCGCAGGGCGUCGGGCCCCUGCAGCUCCUGGCGGGGGGCGGCAGCCCCGUCAAGGUGGCCGCGGCCGGCUCGGCCCUCGGCUCGGGCAACGUCCAUCUCAUCAACACCGGCGUCGGCGUGACGGCCCUGCAGCUGCCCGCCGCGGCCCCGGGUAACUUCUUGCUGACGAACCCCGUGCCCGGCGGCCCCAUCCUGACGGGCAUGAGCCUGCAAGGCAAACUCGUCCUCACGGCGACCUUCCCCGCCAGCAUGCUGGUCUCCCCCGUCCUGGCCACCGCAGCCCCCGCCCCCGCCGGCCUGGCCCUGCCCGUCAAGCAAGAGCAGGGCCCGGGCCCGCCCGGCCGAGCCCCCGCCCGCCGACGCCGCCUCCUGGACCCCUUCGGCGGGCCGCCGCCCCCGGCCCGGCUUUCUCCCCGGAGCCCCGACUUUGGGACCCAGGGGGGCCUGCUGCCCGGCUUGGCCGCGGCUCCGGCCGAGGGCUGGCGCUGGCGGUGGCGCCCGCGUGGGGGGCCGGGGUGCUGGAGCUGGGGGGAGGGGGGCCGGUGGGGGGGCUGUUCGAGAUGGACAAGGAGCUCCCGGCCGCGGCCCCCCACGCCCUGCUGCGGCUGCCCGACGCGUAGGGCCUGCUGCUGGAAGCGGGGCGAGCUGGGGCCCGAGGGCAAAGUGCUGACCCAGCUGCAGUCGGUGCCCGUGGAGGAGCCCCUGGAGCUGUGA